GUGGCUCGCAGGGCGGAAUAGGAAUCGGCCAUUGUAGUGGCUGCAGCUGGCCUAGUAAGAAGGACGCAAAUAUGGCGUACGGGGGCCUUGCGGUGCCUAUCAUCGUCAUGAGCGUUUUCUGGGGGGUGGUCGGUGGCGUCCUCCCGUGGUUCGUGCCUAAAGGGCCUAAUCGAGGUAUUAUCAACACAAUGCUGGUGACCUGUUCUGUUUGCUGCUACCUCUUUUGGCUGAUUGCAAUCCUGGCUCAGCUCAACCCCCUAUUUGGACCACAGCUAAAAAGUGACCUGAUCUGGUAUCUUAACCUUCACUGGCAUUGACGAUAUCCACUUCUACAGUGGGCUAUGAAUUUGUAGCACUCCAAUGAUCCAGUGGUGCCUUUAAUCACCGAAUCAUCCAAGACUACUUUGAUGCCUUAUGACUUGAUCUGUUACCAAAAAAAAGAACCGCUUAAAACAUUUCCUGUGUUUUUUACACUGCUGAAAGUGCCUGUUAAAUACCACAUACCUCUUCAGUAUACUUUUGUACAUCGUUAUGAAAUGUCCCAUCUUUUUUUCCCUUCCUGCAUGAGGGCAACUGGAAUGGAGCACUGUCUCACUCCAGAUGUUUGCCUUCCAAUCUUGAGACUCUUUAUUGUAUCUUUAAAAAUAUACAUGGUUGCUUAUUGGAGAUUGUAUCUCAAAUCUGGAAUAAUUUUUUUUCUUAAUGUAAAAAAAAAAAAAAAG